AUGAAAAUCAAAUAAGAUAAGAUAAAAAUUUCAAUUCCCCUAAAAGAGUAAUUCAUCAAUUCCAUCCUUUAACUUCAUUAUUAUUAUCCUUUGAAUAAUUCUGUUUUAUUUUGCUUUUAUUUUUUAGGAUUGCUUUAGCCUUUGCUAUUCCUUAACUUUCCUCUUAAUUCAAACAAUUAUUUGGAUGAAUAAAUAGUCACACCUAUUAAUUAGUUUUGGUAUAUCGAAGUAUUAGCUCGGCCUGACUUUAUACUUUAAGGUUAUAUACCUAAAUAUAAUUUCUUGAUACCUCUGAUCUUUAGCAUAUUGUUUAUAUUUAUUCCUUUAUUGUUAAAUAUUUCAAAGAAAUGGAACACAAAUCAUAAACCAAUUAUUAAUUAGCUAUCCUUUUAUAUGCAUUUAAGUUCAAACCUAUUUUAACUCUUUCCAAUAUUCUUACAAAUACCAUUAUAAUGUCUUUGUUUUCAAUCUCUAAGUUAUAAUUUAAAAAAUGAUGGUAUUAUUGAACUAAACUACCUUUAUAUCACAAUAACAAUACUGACAUUACUAUUUCUAUUUACUAUUAACUUUUUGAUCAUUAUGCUAUGUAAAGAAACCAUCGACUUUAAUUUAAAUUGUUUUUCUAAUCUCAAAUUGACAUUAAGUGAUUUCAUUAUUUGGAUACUUAAUAUAUUCUAAAUUAUCAUUUUCUAUUAUCUUAAAAAAUACAAUUAAAUUCUAUAGGCCAUUAUACUUUUGAUGAUAUCUAUUUUAAUGUUAAAUAAUACUUUAAGUCUUUUAACAUGUUUGAAAAAGGUUAUUUUUACAACUUUAAUUGUAAUUUCAUAUUAAUUUAUUUAAUCUUUAUUGAUAUUGGUUAAUUUAUAAUCAGACAUUAAUAUCAAUAUCAAUAUAUUAAUUUAUAUCAAUGUUCCUUUAUUAAAUCAAAUAUUAUACAAAUUUUUUCAAUAAAGAGAUAAUAAAGUGAUAUCCAAAAAUUAAAAAUUUUCAAUUUCAAAUUGUAAAUAUUUACUUUCAAAAUUUUUGAAUGAUGAAUUCAUUUCAUUCUCCUAAUCUAUUUUUAUUUAUACUAAAAUAAUAGAUGAUUAUCAAUAGAAAAAGCUUCAAAUAGAACCGCAAUAAUUAUUACCGUUAACAUAAAUAAAUCAAGAAUUUUUACCAAAAUAUUUGUUGAAUUUUUAUUACAAAUCUUAAAUGAAACAAUAUAUUAAAGAACUUUAAAAAGUAGAUUAAAAAAAUAGAAAUGCCAAUCAUUAUGUUCAUUAUGUUUCUCUUCUCUAUAGAAUUGGAUUAAAUAACUUAGCUCUCAAAUAAAUUAACAUCUUAUUAUUCAAUAUUACAAUAAGAACAAAUAGUAAAAGUUUGGUUAAAGAAAAAAUUAAUGAGUAAAUUAAAUCUUUUAAUACAAUACAUUAAGCCAGAUAAUCAGUAAGUAAAUCAUCAAAAUCUUAAGAUAUAUAUGAGACUGGUUAAUAAAAAAUGAAUAAGCUUAAUAAAAUGCUUGUAUUUACUGGAAGUCAUUUAUUAAACUUUACUCAAAAAGUAAGAAUAAUGAUAUUGAGAGAAAAAGUAAGGUAAAAAUUACAACUAUCAUUUUAACACAAAGAAAUGAUUGGGGAUACUUAUAAUCUGUAAAUUGGUAUAGAAUUAAUUUUAAAAAGUGAAAAGAGAAAUUAAAGCUUAAAAGAAUAAGUCCAAAUUUUAGUAAAUUCUAAAUUAGGUUUCUAUCUUCAAUUAUAAUAAGUAAAACAUAUUAGAUCUAUUUAACUUUUUCAAGUAUCUAAAUAAUUAAGCAAGAAAAUUGAAAUUUUGGAACAGAAACUAAUCAAAUUAUUCAAAUAUUUUCCAAGUCAAAGAAUCUAAUCAUUAUAUACUUAUUUUUAAGGAGAACUUUUAGAAAAUUAUUUAUAAGCUCAUAAAAUAACAUGUUAUUCUUCAAUUUCGGAUGAGAAGUUAAUAAAUGUACAUAACAAUGCAAACUAAAAAUUUGCAUUAAUUAAUAAGAAUUUAAUAUAUAUGAAUAUAAAAUUAUUUGAAGAUACAUAAGAACUACAAAUAUAAAAUAUAACUCCUGAGAUUUGUAUGUUUUUUGAAAGAAAUUAUGAUGAUUUUAGAGGAAACUGUUCAAUUGAUUCUUUACUGCCAGAAGGAAUAAUUAAUGAACAUUAAUUAUUAGUAUAAAGAUUCUUAUAAACAUCUUAAUCUCGGUUUUAUUUAAAAAAGGGUUUAAAUUUUUAUAAACUCCAUAAAAUGAUAAUGAAACCAUUUGAAUUCUUUUUUGAGGUUAAUUUUAGUGAUAUAUCUUAAAUAUAAUUUUUGGCAUUUUUAAAUGAAACUUUUUAAACAUCAGCUUUUAUAUUAGUAGAUGUAAAUUAAAAAGUAGGUGGAAUAACCUAAAAUCUUUUGGAUAAAUUAUAAUUUACUAAUUAUUAUAUAGAGAAUAUAAAAGAAAAUUUGUUAUAAGAUGUUCCUAUUGAAUAUAUAAUUCCAAAAUUUUAAUAACUUCGUUCUAAAAAAGAACUUUUAAAUUUAACAGAUUUUUAAUUUUUAAAAUAAUCUAUUCUGAUAAAUCCAUUAGAAGAUAAUUAGUUUAGAAAUAAAAAGUAAGAUUUUUCUGUAUGGUAAAUGGAGGAAAAUAUAAUGAAUUUUGAAUGUUUAUUAACAAUAUAAAGUCGAGAGUUAUAUGGAUAUUAAUAUUAUAUUGUAGAGAUAAAAGAGUUGAAAGUAGAAGAUUCAUAUUUUGAGAAAGAAUAUGCAAAUAAUUCAUUAGAUUAAGAGUUUUCUCCAGUGUCAGAAUAAGAAGGAUUUGCUAAUCCUCCUUGUAAUUUAAAAAUAGAGAAAGAGAAAUUUGAACCUUUUAGAAGAGAUGAUCAUUAAUUUGAGAUUAAUUUAAUUGUCGAUAAAAGUUAAUAAUUUUAUCAACCAGAUCAAUUAAAAUAUGAGGUUAAUCUAAUGAGCCCUGUAGAUAUUAGUUUAAAUCCUAUUGCAUUGAAUUCAGCAAAUCCUCUUUUAAAAUAAUAAGAAUAUUAUAGUUAAAUAAUAUAAAAUCCUGAAGGUAUUUCAUAUUCAUCUAAAAAUCAAAUUGGUAAAGCAGUUGAUAUGGAAGAUAUAGAAUAAGUUAAGAAACCUUAAUUUCAAUUGAAAGGAGAAGAUACUAAUUCAUCUUAAGUUGGAUAUGCCAAAUAAUCAUAAUUUUAUAAGAAAUAUGAAAUGAUUUAAUAGAUAUUAAAACCUCAUAAUCCAAAAUAGUUAAGAAUAUUUAUAAUAUUAUUAAUAAUGUAUUUUAUAUUAAGUUGUAUUCACUAUAUAAUAAUAAUCACUAAAAAUUAAUAAGAUUUAAAUUAAUUUGUAUCUGAAAUAGAUAUGAUAGAAUUACACAGUAGUUUUAUGGCCCCUCAUGAUAUAUUUGUAGCUAUGAGAAUAGCAAUAGUUGCUUAUAAUUCUUAUGUUUAAGAAGGUGCACUAACUGCUACUUAAGCUGCUGUAUUGACAAAACCUUUUUAUGAUAAUAUAUAUAUAGGAUUUGCUGAAAUUAAAGAAAUCUUUAUCAAAUAAUUAAACAAUUAAAAUUUAUAGCCUUUUUUUGAAAAUAAAACUAUUGAUAUGGUAUUUAUGGAUGCAAACGCAAGUGAUGUUUAUAAGGUAACAUUAAAUAUUAGAGAAGCAUUACAAUAAAUUAUUCAAAAUUUAUAUUAAUAUAAAUAUAAAUAUGAAAAUAGAAUGAGCACAGCUGGUACUGCUAUUCAAGUAUUUGGAGUUGCAAAUUAAUUCCAUCUUCAUUAUUGGUUGGAAGAAUUAACUUUAGAAAUUAUGGAUUACUCAAUAAAUAGAAGUAUAAAAAUUGAGUAAGAUUGGACUAUUAUUUGGGCUAUUUUUAUUAUUAUUACUCUCUUAAUUACAUUAUUUAUAAUUUAUUAUUUUAAAUUGUUUAAUCAUAGAUAAGAUUUGUAUUUAGGAGUUUUCAAAUUUUGUAAUGUGCCUAAAUUAUAAUAUGAAAUAGAUAGAUAUAAAAUUAUUUAAAAAUAAUUAUUAAAAAAUCCAGAUCAAGUUUUUUAAUAUAAGUUUGACUUGUAAUCAAAAGAAUAAUAACUCUUAGUUCAAUAAAAGAUAUUAGAAUAAUUAAAUAGAAGAAAUAAAGAUUAAUAGAGGAAUGCUUUAUUAUAAUAUGAAUCUUUAUCAAUAAUAAUGAGUGUUUCAUUAAUCUUAGGAAUUUGGAUUAUAUUUUUAGGAUUGAGUAUAAUAAUAUUCUUAGGAGAAUAGAAUUAUUUAAAAAAAUAUCCAGAUACAAUUGAUAUUUAUAAAUUAAUCUAGGAUAUGACUUAUUCAUCAGCAACUCUAUAUUAGAAUAGAGAUUACUAUUUUAUUUUCCCAAAUUUUACCUAUUUAACAGAAUUUGAUAAUAAAUAAAUGUUUUCAUUAAUUGAUUAAGGAAUAGAAAAUAUAGUAAAGUUUAAUUUGUUAACUUAAGAAUUUGAUUCUACUAAAUAUUAAGUCAAUAAUGAUUUUGUAAAUUUUUUUAGUUAAGUUUAAAAAUAAUCAGUUUGUGAUAUUUUAAAUAAAGAUCAGAUGGGAUUUUUAGUAGAUUUUUGUCCAAUAUCAAUUUAAGGAAAUUUUUUGAAAGGAGUUAUUGCUGCAUUGAAUUUUAUAAAGAAUUCGAUUUAAACAUAAAUUGUAAUAAACAAGUUCAGCAAAAGAGUAGAACAUCCAAUUUAUGAUAAUGAAGCUGGAAUUAUUAUGGUUAGAGUGUUUUAAUUAAUGACAUAAAAAUUAAAAUCAAGUAUGUUAGGUGUAACCAUUGAUUUACAAACUAUAUCAAUUGUAAUUAUAAAUUUAUUUAAUUUUAGGUGCUUUCUUCAAUUUAUUUAAUAUUUGCUAUCAUAUCUAUUUCAAUUAUAUUUUUAGGAUUUAAAAAAUACUUAGAAACAGAAUUUAAUAUAAUUAAAAGAUUUAUACAACUGUUGCCAUCUUCCAUAACUAUGUUAGAUGAUUAAUUUGAAAGAUAUAUAAGAUCAUUAUUAAUUGAAGAAACAUAAUGA